UCAAAACAACAACACAAAGUUAUUCAAGGCCUACCAAUAGUAGGCCAGACCGUGAGUGCACUUGCAUAAUCAUGAUUACCAGCCGUUCCGUUCCGUUGUGCCGCACUUUGGCGGCCUUGUCACCCCAACGGAUGGCAUUGUCAACUCUAGCUCCAUGGAGAGGCACGAUCCGUCAUGGUCCUGUUUUGAGCCUGGAAUCGAAUGGACCCCAUCGAUCCUCAGGGCCUUUAUGUGUCGAAAUGACCCGGAGAAGCAUGUUUAUUCAGACCCAGGAGACACCCAAUCCUCAGAGUCUGAAAUUUCUACCCGGCGCUCAAGUUUUGGAAGGUGGUGGAACAAUGGAUUUCCCCAACGCCUCCUCAGCUUUCUGCAGCCCUUUGGCCAAGCUCUUGUUUCGAAUUGAGGGUGUCAAGGGUGUCUUCUUUGGCAAGGAUUUCAUCACAGUAACCAAGCAUGAUGACGAAGUGGAAUGGAAGCUCCUCAAACCCGAUAUCUACGCCACCAUCAUGGACUUUUUUGCCAGUGGUUUGCCCAUUGUGAAUGAGGAUGCCAAGCCUUCGGUAGACACCGAGAUCCACGAAGAUGAUGAUGACACUGUGGCCAUGAUCAAGGAACUGCUAGACACCAGAAUUAGACCCACUGUUCAGGAGGACGGGGGCGAUAUUGUCUACAUAGGUUUCGAAGAUGGCGUGGUUAAGUUGAAGAUGCAAGGAUCGUGCACAAGUUGUCCAAGUUCCGUGGUCACACUCAAGAAUGGAGUGCAAAACAUGUUGCAAUUCUACGUUCCUGAGGUCAUUUCCGUCGAGCAAGUUUUUGAUGAUGCAGAUCGAGAAUCGGACAAACAGUUUGAAAUGUUGGAAAAACACAUCAAAACCAAGAGGAAAGAGAAAUGAGUCCAACUCGCUGGUUAUUUCUUUUCAUUAAUUCAAAGGUUGCAAUAAAGUUGAUCUAUUUCAA